UGCACGCGCGCAUUCAACACGGUUGUGUGGCCCCCGAUCCGAGGCUCCGAGGUUCUUGUGUGAUUUCGUCGACUUAUUCGAUCGGAAACGGAACGGAUUUUCAAAAGGCCGCCUGUAAAAGCCGUCGGUAUAUUUAGCUAAACAAAAAAAAAUCCAAGUCAACCAACGUUUACGUAGUGCGUCAUUCGGGCCAUUUGAUUUGCAAAUUCUGAGCCAUCUCAGCUUUUCUCGCAGAAGAAACCCCAUAAAUCUUGAUCAAAGCAAAGUGUUGUUGAAUAUGCAAUGAUUCUAUGAAUACAUAUGUAAAGAAUACAAAAUAAUAAAAGCAAAUAUUGUGCAAUAGAAACCUCGAAUGGGCUCUAAUGUUAUUAGUAAAUAAUUCAAACCCUAAGAAAUAAAUUUAAAUAAAUAAAGUAAAUAGAAGCCAUUGAGCAAGUGUCAAACAUUGUGGAUGAUUGAAGUAAAUUAUGAAAUAAUUAUUAUUAUGCCAAAGCUGCUGGCUCUAUAACCCAAUGGAUAUCACAAAUUGAAUCUUUCGAGCUGAGAGAGAAUUGCGUUUAAAUAUUUGCGAACGUGCGACACAUCGCCACGAAAUGUAUGCGGAUAAUAAACGUGGCCUAGACAAGGUGACGGCAGCCACUCCGCCCAUCACCCAUCAGCAGCAUCCCCACCAGCAGCAGCAGCAGCAGCAACAUCUGCAUCACCAUGUCCUGCAAUUGCAGCAACAGCAGCAGCAGCAACAGCACCUGCAGCAGCAGCAACAUCACUUGCAGCACCAAAUGCAUACGCAUCAUAACUUUCAGGCACUCGAGGCACCAGCAACAUUGUCGCAGCAGCAGCAACAGCAGCACAUGCAGCAGCAACAGUCGACGCAGCAGCAGCAACACACAACGGCCCAGCAGCAGCAGCAGCAACAGCAACAGACAGCCGGCAUGUUUACAAGAUUCGAUGCCAACAAGUCGACAAAGGGAGCCUCCAAGAUGCGACGCGAUCUCAUAAACGCGGAGAUAGCCAAUCUGAGGGAUCUGCUGCCCCUGCCCCAGUCCACCCGCCAGCGUCUUUCGCAGCUCCAGCUGAUGGCGCUGGUCUGCGUCUAUGUGCGGAAAGCCAACUACUUCCAGCAAGUUUUUAAACGUCACAAUGCGAUGCAUCAUCUACACCACCAGACAGCAACACCAAAUAUUGGCUUCUCAAAGGCACUCUCCGGCUUUUUGAUGAUGCUCACACAGAAUGGCAAAUUGCUCUAUAUAUCGGAUAAUGCGGCCGAGUACUUGGGCCAUUCCAUGGAGGAUCUGCUGAUACAUGGUGACUCCGUUUACGAUAUCAUUGACAAACAGGAUCACGCAACCAUCCAGGCGGAGCUAAAUCGGAACGUGCCGCCGCAGCCAGGUGGCCCCAGUCAAACGGGCAACAACGGUGGUGCCGGCGACUCAACGUCCAGCAAUGGCAGCGCCGGCGGUGGAGCUGCUGCUGGUGGAGGUGCUGCUGGUACUGGUGCUGGUGGUGGCGCCUCCAGUCUCGAGGGCGAGCAUCGCAUGUUCCUCUGUCGCAUGAAUGUUAGUCGCAAUGCGCGACGGCAAAUGCGUUUCGGCGAUCAAAAGGUUGUCCUGGUCCAGGGUCACUAUUUGUCAUACCUGCCGCUCUGCAGUCGCAACGAGCCCGUCUUUCUGGCCACCUGCACUCCGAUCGCCAUGCCCGAGACCAGGGAGUGUGUGGUGCAAGGUGCCACCAAUGUCUUCACCACGAUCCACUCGAUGGACAUGAAAAUAGCCCACAUCGACAAGAAUGGCGAGUUUCACUUGGGCUACGACAAGAGCACGUUACAGGGCACCUCCUGGUACAAUCUGAUUCACAGUGAGAAUCUGAGGGAGGCGCAGAAUAAGCACAGGCUAAUCACACAAUCAGAACAGGAUCGCAGUUGUAUUCUUUUAGUGCGAAUGCAGCGCUCUAGUGGCGAGUAUACCUGGGUUCAUGUGGUUCUACAGGUGCGAGACAGUCCCGAUUCCACCCAGCAGCCUGUCAUUGUAUGCACCAAUCAAGUGCUUAACGAUCGCGAGGCUUCUAUAAUGCUGGCCAACUCCUGGCUGUAUCACUACUAUACCGUCCAGUCGAAGAUACAGUUUGGCAUGCCCCUGGACAGCGGUAUUCGCGUGCCACCUGGCACCCCCUCCAGUGGUGGUUACUACAGCCCCCACUCAUCGCAUCCGCCGUCCACGCCGGGUGGUGCCACGCCUAGCCUUGGCAUAAGCGGUACCUUUGGAAGUCACCAUCAUGCCCACCACCCUCAUUCACAUCCGCACCAUCAUCAUCAUCAUCACCAUCCAGCGGCUGCCUACCAUCAUCAUCCGCACAUGGGAACCUACGGCACGGGCGUGUAUCAUGCGGAGGCGGGCAUAGAGAUCAAGGAGGAUCAGCCGCUGUUCAGUUUUCAAGAGCCCGUGGACUACAGUCAGGUGAACAGUCAGGUGAGCCCUCCGAAUGCCGCCAGUACUCCCAACCCACCUGUGUCCAAGUCCGCAACGCCUCCGCCACCAAAGAAGAGAGCAAGGAAGCUGGAGCCACUGUACCUGCACGCGGAGCGUUCUCCAGCAGCGGCGAUUACCCCAGAGCCGGACUGCUACGCCCUGCACUCCCAUCCGGCGGCCGCCUAUGCCACAUCCUCCUCGGCGGUGGCCAGUAGCUCCGAUGCCUCUGUCAUCUAUGCCACAAUAGUGCCGACAAGACCACGGCUGCCCAACAAGACGCUGCCGCCAGAUCCUGCUGACUUUAUUGAGCAGUGGAACCCCAGUCCGCCGUGGUCAGAAUCGGCACAGAAGGCCUCGCUGGAUAGCUUUGGGUCCUCGCACGAGCUGAGUCCUUGCAUCACCACAACGCCGCCCACACCCACCAGUGCCACGCCCCAUAAUAGCGGACUGGGCACCCAUGGGAGCAUGGGACCCGCCUUCAGCUUUGAGUGGAUGUCCGAUCCCCUGGUGCCGGUGACCUACCAGCAGUGGCCGCCCUCGGGUGAUCAUCACCAGCAUCUCUCCCAGCACCUGAGCCAGAGCCAGGGACAUCAGAAUCCUCUGCUGCAACAGCAUCUGGUCCAACAGCAGCAGCAGCAACUAUCCCAGCAGCAGUCACAUCUCCAUCAGCAGCAGCAGCAGCAUCAGCACUUAGCACUUCACCACGGGCGUGCGGAGAACUCCCUGGAGGGGGGCUCCUCCACGACGGAUCGGGGUAUGGGGGUGGUAGUAGUGCAGCCGCCGCCAAUACCCAUAUCGAUACCCCUGUCGAUACCCAUUCCGAUACCGAUACCAGUGGCCACGGGCCAUGGGGAUGCCGGGGAACCGGUUGAGGAUGGAGAUCCCAAAAAUUAGAGGCCAGCAAAGCUUGGAAAUUCCCAGAGUUUGGAGCGGAGCGGCCUGCCACGGCGGCCAGGUGAUAAUCACACUUAAAUUAAUUGCCACUUGUCAUCUUAGCGUUUAAAUUAUUUUUAUCUAACGAAGAAAACACAACGCUAUAACACAUUCAUUUCUCGAUAUAACAACUAAUUUAAGCCUGGAGCCCUUACGUUUUCAACCAUUCAACUUUUUGUACGUGCAAUCUGGAAAAAACCAACACUUAAAAAUAUAUAUAUGUAUUUCCGAGUAGCACUUGGAAAUUAGUUUUGCGAUAAAUGGAAACUGAAGUGAAAAAUGCGAAAAAUAAAAAAGCCAAGAGAGCUCUAUUAGUUGUAGGGUCUUUAUUAGCGUUAUUUUUAUGGCGCGCGCUUAAAGUUUUUACGAGUAUUUUUAUAUCUUGUAUUCGUAACAUUGCAACUAUAUGCAUACAUAUAGACUAUUUAGGUUAAUUAUUAUAUUUUAUUUAUUAAACAUUUAUUUAUAUACAUAUUUAUUACUAUGCUGUCGUAUUUUGCUUAUUGAAUAAACAAACUUGUAAAGUA